UGCCAUUCUAUCGCACUAAAAUACUUUGGGAGACCUCAACACCGCCAUAGCUCCACGUCUCACAGUAUUUUGCUCCGGCUCUUUCUCAAUCCAGUCUUGUGUUUUUGCUUGCUUUUGUUUUGCUUUCAUUACGAAACAAUAAUCCUUGCAUUCAUCUCAAAAUGCCCGACAAAGACAUACAUACAAACAUCAUGCUUGACCUCGAGUGUACCGACGCGACAGUUCCAAACCCCGUGAUCAUUGAGAUUGCGGCGGUUCAUUUUGACAUACAAACUGGAAUUGAGUUGGCUCAUUUCCAUUCUCCUGUCAACUUCCAGUCUUCGCUGGACCACAAACAUCUGACAAGCAAAAAAGGACUUGAGUGGCUCAAGGACAAUAUACCCGAGACCCUCAAAACAAGCAUGUCAACAAGUGUCUCUCUUGAGCAGGCAUUAUUCCGCUUCUCAAAUUUUGUCCGCGGAUGCUGUAAAACGACCAAGGAUAGACUGAGAGACGAAGGAUUUGAAUCGAAAAUCGAACACUCCCAACCCAUGAUAUGGGGAAAUGGUGCAGUAGCUGAUAAUGUUUGGAUUGCAAGUGCAUAUAGGUGAAUAAGUCUUUUAGAUUUGAACGGCAUUGAUACUGAGUCCCGAGUUAUCAUAGGUCUUGUAAUAUGGUAAAGCCAUGGGAAUUUUGGAACGACAUGUGUGUUCGAACCUUUGUCAGGCAGUGUAGCCUUAUGACUGGAAGAGAAUUCACAAAGGAACACGUCUUUGAAGGGACGAUGCAUAUUGCUCUUGACGAUUGCAGGAACCAGAUUGUCUAUCUAGUAAAUGCCCGUAACUCGUUGGUUCCUGCGAGGCCAAAGCGAACUGUAUCCUGUACAACUACAAGAUCGAGGCUACUCAAUAAAAAGGCAUCUGCUUCAAUUCUAAAAGCCUUGGAGUGCCUUGAAUCCACCGAUUCCCUGCAAAAACAGCCUGAGAGUAAUCGCAAGACAAAAGCUGCAUCAUCGCCACCCACAUCCCCGGAGCCUUUGAGUAAGAAGGCUGAAGAGUCGUUUAAGCCAGUUGAGACACCUCCCACCAGGUUGCCGAGAAAGAAUGGAUUGAAAACGCCAUCUACUUCAUUCUCUCAUCCAGGAAACGAAGAAGAACAUGAUCAGUCGAAACAUUUCAAUGCUGCGGCCUUCCUAUACAACUCGAAACACUCUCCAAAACCCAAUAAGAUUGGCUUAUUAUCACCGGAAACUUCCUUUUCUGAAAAGGAUGGCGAAGGCGUCACACACGAAGCUCAAGCAACCACUACCAAACACUUCCAAUUUGGUAGAAAUAUUUUGCCUGCUGACUCUCCAAUUCCUGUCAGUUCUGAAAGCCCAGGUAAAAGACCAUGUUCGCCUGAGAAGAACAAAUCACAAACUAUGGCACAGGAUUCGAGUGAUCGACCGCUCUCGCCUCCUACACCAAGACCGAGAAGGUGGUUCAGCUGAUACCUCACAUCUUGAACGAUUCCUAGCGCCAUUUGCUGUUGAGCUUUCUAUUGAUGAAAUAUAACUGUGGAGAUGGUGCGGUAAGUGAUGGCGGUCAGUCAACUGGUCUUUUAAGGCUUCAGGACUUUCUGUCGUACGGUUUUGAGCAAAUGGUAGUAUCCAAUGGUCAAGGCAGCAGAGCAGGGUGUGGGAAAUCAUUCGCUUCAACGAUUGCACGGUCAUCAGAAAACCAAUGGGAUAUUCCGUGACAUCCUCUGGGUUGGCCCGUGUUUAGGUACAGUACCGUAUUCCAAACGUACUGUGGGGAUGCUGGCUUUUCAUUGCAAUAAUGUAGAUAGAUCAUGUGGGCAUCACUUUAGAGUCCAACUUCGAGAUUCAGGAAUUUAUUGUACGAGAAGUCCUAGUUGACUCAUUGACUCAGAUUAUCAGAGGUAAUG